GAAUUUAUCAAUAAUUCUAUACAAUUGAAAGUUGAUACCUGAGCUUGAAAAUGGCUGCUUAUUCUGGAAAUUUUACAAAUGGUCGUCGUCCUCAAGCGACCAGCUCCCGUAACAUUGCCUUUCUGAGUAUCUUCGCUGUCAUCGCCGGUGGCUACCUCGCUUUCCGAGCCCAAUCGCCCAGCAAGAACGAGCCAUUGGUGUCGAAGAAAGAGGUCGAGGCAAUGUACGGCAGUCCGGCAGGUCAGGGCGAUCGAGUGGGACGCGGACCCGCUCAUCAGCCAAAGGACUAGGGUCGAGGGCCUAUUUCUCUUUUGAAAUUCAGGCUGUACAUAUGGCGUUGUCUUGUUCGUUUUCAGGUUGAUGAAUCGGAUUUCUUUGUUGUCUCGUCUUGAAGCAUCAGAGUCCGAAUGCAUGUACCUAUUCUCCGAAACUCCGAAAAUCCGAGAUCUGACCGAAAAGCGUCGAC